AUGCGACCCGCCCGCAACGGCAGCCUCCGCCUAACUAUGAGGUCCGCCAACUUGGCCUCAGAAACCCUCGCCGUGUUCGACCCGACCUCAGCCGCCUCCCGCAGGUGUGCUCAGGCCUUCCGCUUCCUCGACCUACCCAUUGAGCUGAGAGUCCAAGUCUACGAGGUCCUUCUGGUUGUGGGCAGAGUCUUCUACACUCCGGACUGGUUCGAGCAGCGCGAAGGAAUCCGAUUCACGGACAUGGAGCGGUACCGCAAGCCCGAGGUCCAAGUACUGCGCGUCAGCAAACAGAUACACGCCGAAGCAGAGGAGAUCUACCUCGCCAAGAACAUCUUCGUGCUGCCGCACAUGUGGCUGGUGUGCCACCCAUUUAGCGGCGCCUUGAUCAGGACGAACAGCGAAUUGUUCAGGGCGGAUAGCCGUAGCCGUAGCGGCGGUGCUGGUGCGCAGCAGGGCGGAAGGAAGCAGUGUACGUUCGGCCCGGGAUACCGCCCGCUGUUCUCGACCAAAGGCUUGCAGCUUGUCCGCCAUGUGAGCUUCGCGUUCUGCAACCGUCCCUCACCGUUGCACGCCUUCGCUCUGACCCGCUCAAUCUGGAACUCUCACCCGAACUCCUCCCCCGGAGCCCCCGGAUUCUUCGCCACCACAUCCCCGGACCGCCAGCGCAUCGCGCACAAAAUGGCCAACGAUCGCCUCGCCGCCCACUGGUCCGUGAUCACCAAAGCGCUCUGCCUCUUCUCCUCCCCGACAAUCGAGUACCUCGAGAUCGACAUUACGAAUUCUUUCUGCGCGCUUGGGUGCUGUCGGCUAAUGUAUGGGGGCAUAGAGUACUUGGAGCGGAUGAGGGCAAAGAAAGUGAGGAUUCUGGGGAGCUUGGCUAGGGGCGAGGAGGCGUGGAUGGUGGGGAUUUGGGGGAGGAAGUUGGGGAUUGAGGACGCGGCUGUGAGGAGCAGGUAUGGGUUGAGGUUUGGGAGCGAGGAUAGGGAGGCAGUGGGAAGGGUUGGGGAGUUGGAGGAAGGAGGAGCGAAUGGAGCGGUUGGUUCGGCACCAAAUUGA